GGGGACGCGGCCAGAGAUCUGGAAGCUGCUGCGGGGGUGAUGGCCGCGCCGAGCCCGGGGCCCCGCGAGGUCCUGGCCCUCUCCCCAGAGGCUGGACGCAGAGCAGCCACUUCCAGUUCUGGCCGCCAUGGCCUUCUCUGGCGUCUGCGAGACAAGCAGCCGCGCCUCGGCCUGUUUGAGAUUGGCCCGGGGCAUGAGCUGCACCGGCUGACCUGUAUGAUGCAGGCGGGGCUGUGGGCUGCCACCCAGGUCUCUAUGGACCACCCGCCCACGGGGCCGCCCACUGAGGAAGAUUUCUCCGAGGUCCUAACCCAGGUUCAGGAGGGCUUCGAGCUGGGCACUUUGGCUGGCCCUGCCUUCGCCUGGCUGCGCCACUCCCUAGGCCUGGCGGAGGAGGACUAUCAAGCCGCGCUGGGGCCGGGCGGUCCCUACCUGCAGUUCCUCAGCACCUCGAAGAGCAAGGCCAGCUUCUUCCUGUCCCAUGACCAGCGCUUCUUCCUGAAGACCCAGGGCCGCAGGGAGGUGCGGGCCCUGCUCGCCCACCUGCCCCGCUACGUGCAGCACCUGCAGCGGCAUCCGCACUCGCUGCUCGCGCGGUUGCUGGGAGUGCACAGUCUGCGGGUGGCCCGGGGCAAAAAGAAAUACUUCAUCAUCAUGCAGAGCGUCUUCUAUCCCGGAGGCCGCAUCUCCGAGAGGUAUGACAUCAAGGGCUGCGAGGUGAGCCGAUGGGUCGACCCAGCCCCUGAGGGCAGCCCCCUUGUCCUGGUGUUGAAGGACCUCAACUUCCAGGGCAAGACCAUUGAUCUGGGGCCCCAGCGGAGCUGGUUCCUCCGCCAGAUGGAACUGGACACCGCCUUCCUCCGGGAGCUCAACGUGCUGGAUUACAGCCUCCUGAUGGCCUUCCAGCAUCUCCACGAGGAUGAGAAGGGCCUGGGCAGCAGCCUUGUCUUCCGCACAGCCAGGUCUGUGCUAGGGGUACAGAGCCCGGAUGAACCGGGAGCCCAGAACCGUCGGCUGCUACCAGACUCCCCCAACGCCCUUCACAUCCUGGACGGGCCGGAGCAACGCUAUUUCCUGGGCCUCGUGGACCUCGCCACUGUUUACGGGCUCCGCAAGCGGCUGGAACACCUGUGGAAGACGCUGCGCUACCCCGGCCGGACCUUCUCCACCGUCAGCCCGGCUCGCUACGCCCGUCGCCUCUGCCAGUGGGUGGAGGCGCACACCGAGUGACGAGCGCCGGGCUGCGCUCUCCCCAUCUGGACAAUAGGGGCACUCCGGGAAGGCGGGUUCUAACCUUCCCGGCAGAGGGUCGGGCUCCCCUCGCCUGCUGUUCCUCCCACUGGCCUCCAGAGGGCAGAAUUCCCUAACUAAUACCGUGACAACACGCCCUCGUUUGAUGGUGAUGCUGUGCCUGGCAUUGUGCCAGGGACUCCCCCACAUUAGCUCAUUUAAUCCUCAAAAAUUGCUAUUAUUCUCUUUUUACAGACCAUGAAAUGGAGGCUCAAGGGGGUGAAGGGACUGAGCAAGAUCAUUCAGCAAUAAAUGCUGGAACGAGGACUCA